UUUUGCUUUAUAUUUUUUAAAAACUUGCAAUUCCACUAGGGUGUCAGCCCUCAGACAGAUGACACCCAGGGUGGACUGCCCUCCCAACCCCCGUAGUGACGCCACUGUCUUUUAUACAAAGCUCCACUCACUAUUUAAAAUGCAAACCAAUCUACUUUCAUCUUAUAAAGUAAAUGAACAUUGAUUUUUUAAAAAAAUUUCUUUGCAGUGCGUUAUUGAAUUCUUCAAAUGUUGCAAAAAGUAGUGGACCACCAACGCAAGGACUUCUCUAUUCUGCUUCCACACCUACAACCUCCUUUAAUGUUUCAGAAAUGGGCCCUAUUUCGAAAAUCACUCAAGACAAAGAAGAUGCAAAUUUUAGUAGUAUCUUAUCUCCAAAUAAACUGUUUUCUGCCAACAAUACAACUUAUUUAUCACCAGCUCAAAUAGAUCCUUUCUUUACUCAAGGAGAAGCUCUUAAGAAUGGUGAGCAGUUGGAUGAAUCAUGGGUGACUGUAUUUGGGUUCCCUUCAGCAUCUAGUUCUUAUAUCCUUCAACAAUUUUCUCAAUAUGGAAAUAUAACAGAUCAUAAGAUAUCUCUUUCUGGUAAUUGGAUGCAUAUAAAGUAUCAAUCCAAACUUCAAGCCAAAAAAGCUUUGAGCAAAAAUGGUAAAAUUUUUAGUGGUAAUAUAAUGAUUGGAGUAAAACCUUGUAUUGAAAUGGAUCUCAUGGAGUCGACUAAAGAGAAUUUAGAAGAUACCAGUCUCCUAAAAACACAAGACAGUUUUCUCAACAGCAGUAGCAUUGAGCCUUCAAAACCAAGUUUAAAAAACAUAAGACCCUUGACGCAAGCAUAUCAAAGUCCAACAAUUCAAUCCCAGGCUCUUCAACAAAAAUCUGGAAAUAUUGUCUCAAAAGCUUUAGAGUACUUAUGGAAAUCUUGACGAACAAAAAUUUGAAUAUUUCUAAUUUGCACCUGUACCACCAAAAGGCUUUUGCAUUAUCAUUUUAAUAAAUUUUAAUAUUUGUAUUUAUCGAUGUAAUAAAUUGGUUCUUUGUGUUAUUAGCUUGAAUUGUUAGCCACUGUACCAAGAAUUUAAAUUUCUUCAAAAUCAUUGUAGUUUUUAAAAAUCAAUAAAACUAUGCAAAAA